UCAUCAAACACAUGCAUGGGUUUUGCAUGCAAGCCUUGCAUGAAAAGCUUGCCAACACGUGCCAAACCACCUCCUCAGGUGUUGCCACCCAAGCCUCCACUCACCAAUUUCUCCAUUUAUACCCUCAUUACCACCACCUUAAACCCUACCACAUUAAUUACUCACUCUUCACUCAAAACUCUUGUCUUUCAUUUUGAUAAUUCCCACACUAUGGCUGAGCUUCACUACCAACAACACCACCAAUACCCUCACCGAUACCCUAAUGAUCCAUACGAACAACAAACUAGCUACUCCACUCAGGUCGUCAAGGCGGCCACCGCCGUCACCGCGGGCGGCUCCCUCUUGAUCCUCGCCUCGUUGAUCCUUGCCGGCACCAUCAUCGCCCUCACCAUCGUCACACCACCGCUCGUCAUCUUCAGUCCGGUUCUCGUCCCCGCGGUGAUCACCGUCGCGCUGCUGAGCCUGGGGUUCCUUGCCUCCGGCGGGUUCGGUGUGGCGGCGAUCACGGUGCUGGCGUGGAUCUACAGGUACGUCACCGGGAAGUACCCACCUGGCGCGGAUCAGUUGGACAGCGCGCCUCACAAGAUCAUGGACAAGGCGCAUGAGAUCAAGGACUAUGGACAGCAGCAAAUCAGUGGGGUGCAGGCUUCUUAAUCGUGUGCACGCACGCACCCGAUCAAAUCCAUCUCGUGGAUUUCUCUCUUUGUCUAGUUAGUUAUAUUUACGAUUUAUGAAUGAAUGAAUGCAGGAAUGAGCGUUAAAGUUGAAUUUGAAUCUCCUCUUUUCUUUGUAUUUUCGUUUAUUGUGGGUGUUCGAUCAUCAUCACUUGUUGUAGUUGUAAUGUCUUAAUUUUGUGUGCAUGCUGCGACUAUUCAAGGACGAUCCAUUUGUGUAUUUAUUCUAGUUUUUUCUUUCCAUUUUUAUGAAUCGGUUUGCUUGUUUUCUAA